CUCGACCAUCCAUCCAUCUUGCUUCAUCACCAAUCUACCAAUUGACUCCAUCGUCUCUCGCCAUUCAACAAUCAUGACUCGCUCCCACAAAGCAAACGACCGUGACCAUGCCGGCAUUGCUGACGGUACCGCCGACCACGAAGACUGCAUGCCCCGCUACUUUGCAAAGUCCGGUCACGCAGACUCCGACCCUAACAAGACCAAGAAGAACGGUGGAGGCAAAGGCAACUGGGGCCGCGAGGGCGACGAGCUCGAAGACUUCAACUACAAUAUGACCCACCCACGCCGUCGCACAAACUCCUCCUCGCAUGGUCAUGAUCUCUCCGCAUUCAAGACCAAGUUCGAGACCAUUGAGGCUGAGCCUGUCUUUGAGGAAGAACUGCAUGGUCCGACGGCUGAGGACUUGGACGCCCUGGCCCUGGAGAAGGCCACCACUGCCAGCACCUUGGCCAGCACCGGCAGUGUCGAGGAGGAGGAUGCUGUCAAGAAGGAUUAGGUGAGACGUGGUGGGCGGUGUGACCUCAUGGAAUGUGCGAAACACCAAUGUUGGCCAAGUGCCACUUUAUGAUUCUACUACUACGUCUUCCACUACUACCACACACCAUUGCUGUGCGCGAGAGCAUGGCAUAGUCUGUAUAAUCUCGCUUUUCACGUAGUCACAUGGGUGUAACGGCAUCAACAACAUGACGGCGUUUGGGGAGAAAGCUGUGCUUUUACCAAAGUCAUCAUCUGUUACAAUAGCAAAUAACGAUAACAAUGUCAAUCAAAUGCAACGUCAAUAAUUGAUGUGCUGUACUAUCUGUCAUGCUA